AUGGAACCUCGCUUCAGGAGACGGGCUGAUGGCAGCCUGAAUCUGACUGAUACAGUGGAAGCGCCAAAGGUGAAGGAAGGCAACAAAGGAAAGCCAUACACAAGACCCCUGUCCCCGGAGAAAGUGCUGGACAAAGCCAAGAAAAGCUUAAGUCAGCACCACGGAGAUCUGUCUAACAGAAAGCAGCUGUUGGGUGUCUUUGAAAUCCAGUUUGGUGUAUUUCGCGGGCAAACAUUUAGGUGGGUGGCUGAAAAUGCCUUGGGGUAUGCUGCUUACCUGGUGGUAGCUAUGAAGAGGGACCCCACAGGAGGCAGCAAAGACUCCCAAGAACAUGCCCACAACAAGGGGAGUUUCAGGGAGUAUAUUGAGCUCUUUCCUUCUGGCAGAAUUGCCAUUGCCAUGAAGGAAGAGCAAUAUGCUGGGAAAGUUCCCAGCAUGCUACUGACUCCCAGCACGCUGCCCACACAGACUUUGGCCCAGGCACAUGCGUGGCCCUCAGCCACCCUCACCCCCCCGACUGUGUCCAUUGAGACAGCCACAGGGCCUUCAGCCACCCUCACCUGUCCGACUGUGCCCAUUGAGGCAGCCACAGGGCCCUCAGCCACCCUCACCCACCCCUCUGUGUCCACUGAGAUAGAUGACAGCACACUGCUGGCAGAGGCAGCUAAGUUUGAGGAGGCAUAUGUGGCAUCUGGCUUGCAUCAAAAGAUCAGGCAGGUGGUUGCCAUAGGUGAGAUGUACUUUGUGGCAUCUGAGUACCUGGCCUGCCGAAGAUGUAAGAGGAAGGUCAUCAGCUGGAGCCAUGAUCUCGUCUCCCAGCUCGACAUUGGCCACAGGGUGCAGUUCCCUUGCAUUCUUACAUCAAAACUUGCAUGUGACCUCGAGGUAGUAACUUUGAUGCAUCAGCGAGGGCUGGGAAACAGCAGCAGCCCGAUCCAGCGCAAGCUGCAGGAGCGUCAUGCUGAUGUCUGGUUGCAAAAGACAGUCCAGUAUCUGACAGAUUGCAAGGGAAUUGCCAGUGCUGUCAUGUCGAACCUGAUCCUGCCUGUGACAUUUGAACCUGCUCCUUCAAUGCCUUCUGUCCCUAGGCACCGAUGGCUGAUGCAGGUGUAUGCCCAGGAUGUCCUGCAAAGGCUGGAUGAGAUGAAGGCCACUAUCACAUCACAAUAUGGUCGGAUCUUAAAAAUGGAUUCUACUAAAAAAGUGGCCAGAAAACUAGCAGGACGCAGCUAUGGCACUGCUACUUGGGCAACUAAUGUUGGCAAUGAGCAUGGACAGGUGAUCAUGUCCGUGCUCAUAGCCAGCGAAGGUUUUGGUCUCGGGCCAAUGAUUGAAGGCCUUAUCAAGCGAUACAGGGUGGCCGGGGUGGCUCCUCCCGAAGUACUGUAUGUCGACCGAGACUGCUGUGGCAACAUUCUUUUGAGGAGGAUGUUUGAAGAGUGGGAGCAAAUAACCAUCCGGUUAGAUGUAUGGCACUUCAUGCGGAGGUUUGCUGUGGGUUGCACCACCGACUCUCACCAGUUGUAUGCCACAUUUAUGAGUGGCCUCAGCCACUGUAUUUUCAUGUGGGACCAGGUCGACCUGACGGCCCUGAAGACGGCGAAGCAUGCAGAGCUAGAAGCUGACGGGAAACCAUCAUCCGAGGCUGAUGUGCUGCGCUGUAUCUGUCGUAGCGAGCUAGCACUACAUUGCAGGAGAACCACUCGCGGGACCAAAGAGACCCUGGCGCUGAUUGAGAGCCAUAUUCAGGCCUUUGAUGGAGAUGCUGAUCGUGACACUCUGGGAGUCCCACUAAUAAACUCAGCCCGGAUGAGAGAGAUUUUAAAGUUCCAGCGGAAGCACGUGGCCUGCAUUCAGGAUCCUGUCGGUGUGCAGCUCUACAUGCAGACGGGUACCUUAUUGAAGGGAGGGCACCGCCUGCCAACCUACCGCUGUGCCAGAGGUUCCACUUCGCUUGAGUCAUUUCACCUGCACCUUAACAGAUUCAUCCCAGGCACGCUGGCAAGUGACACCUUCUUUCAGGCGUAUCUUUUGGAUGGACUUGCAAGGUGGAAUGAUGACUGGGCUGUGGCAGCAACAACUGAUGAGCAGCAGCCACAUUCCUACAAUCAUCUUCUGCGUCAUGCUGUCAAUACUCUUGCAGAGGAGCUUAUGGGCAUGAAAAUCAUCCCUUAUGUUGGGCCAAGAAAGUACACUGGUGAGCUUAUUGGAGUGGAAUAUCUUUACCAGCAAACUGGUAAAGUUCUGCAGGACUACAAGUUGGCCAUUGAAGAGUCAGAGACCACUGAAGUUGGUAUAGAGGUGGAUGAAGGUUAUGCUGAACUUGAGGAGUUUCAGGACAUCACUGUUCCCACCUUUGACACUGAACGGACACCUGCCGCCUCUUCACAAGCAUCAGUGUCUGCAGCGUCUGCAGCAUCAUCUCCAACCCCUCCAGCAACCAGCCCCACGUCAUCACUGUCUGUGGUCCCUCCAUCACCAGUGACAUCUCCUGUCACCAGCUCCACGUCAUCACUGUCUGUGCUCCCUCCAUCACCAGUGACAUCUCCUGUCACCAGCUCACCGCACACUCAAUCAAAGCCAGCACUCUCUCCUGGAGCACAUAGCUUCCCAGUGGACCGAUUAUCUGCAGAAACGGAUCUUCCAACAUCGGAAGAGAACACUUCUCAUGAUGAUUCUGUUGGACCUGAUAAUAUUUAG